AUGGGCAAAAUGGUUGCAAUGCAGCGUAAUCUCAUUGUAAACGCGAAACCCGGUGAAGCUCCCUAUGCGACAGUCCUAACGCUUGCUGCUGGUGGAUGUAAUCCUAAACUUUCUAUCAACUUCACUGAUCGAGAGCAGCCAGGCUUAAAUGUAGACGGAUUUGUCAUCGGCAACGAUGUGACCAUUGCUAGACUGGUUGCUCAAAGCCUUGGUGUCCCUGAAUUCUUUGGAACUACGUGUUUUGAACUUGCAAAGAUUGAUGAAGUUCUCACCUUGUGCGAGCGUGUGGUAGAUGGAUUCUUGAUCGAUGACGAAGUGUUAUCUAGUGUUCAGUUUAGCAGAUCCGGAACCCUAUUCGAAGGACGCAUCACUGUUGGAGAUGUGGCACUGUGGAGCUUGAUAAUUAAGAACCCAUCUUUAGAAAAGAAGUUCUCGACUUUGUUUGAUGCAGUCCUUAAAGAUCGUCGUUUUGUGCCAGCCCAUGCAAUGGUGGGCAAAUUCGUUACACAAACUAGCAAGCAGCAGCCGAAAGAGAAGCAAAAGGAUGAGGGCAAAUUUGUCGAGCUUCCAGGAGCUGAGAUGGGUAAAGUGGUAGUACGCUUCCCACCUGAAGCUAGUGGCUAUUUACACAUUGGUCAUGCUAAAGCAGCGUUACUGAAUCAAUAUUAUCAGCAAACUUUUGAUGGACAGCUUAUCAUGCGAUUCGAUGACACUAACCCUGCUAAAGAAAAUGCACAUUUUGAGAAGGUGAUUAAAGAGGAUCUUGCUAUGCUGAACAUUAGCCCUGAUCGUUGGACUCAUUCAUCGGAUCAUUUUGAAAUGAUGCUACAAAUGUGCGAAAAACUAUUGAAAGAAGGAAAGGCAUUUGUUGACGACACCGACACAGAAACCAUGCGGAAAGAAAGAGAAGAACGUAUUGAGAGCAAGAAUAGAAAUGCUUCACCAGAAACUAAUCUCGCAUUGUGGGAAGAAAUGAAGAAGGGUUCCGAAAGAGGGAUGCAGUGUUGUGUUCGCAUUAAAAUCGAUAUGCAAUCGAAUAAUGGGGCAAUGCGAGAUCCUACGAUUUACAGGUGCAAACCGGAGGAGCAUGUGCGCACGGGGACAAAGUACAAAGUUUAUCCAACAUACGACUUUGCUUGCCCUAUCGUGGACAGCGUGGAGGGAGUAACUCACGCUCUGCGUACGACUGAAUAUCAUGACAGAGAUGACCAAUAUUAUUUCAUUUGUGACUCUCUUGGACUUCGCAAACCAUAUAUUUGGUCGUAUGCUCGACUAAAUAUGACCAAUACGGUGAUGAGUAAGAGAAAGCUGACAUGGUUUGUGAAUGAAGGACAUGUUGAUGGAUGGGAUGAUCCUCGUUUUCCAACUGUACGUGGAGUGAUGCGUCGAGGGAUGACUGUAGAGGGAUUACGCCAAUUUAUUAUAGCACAAGGUGGAUCACGCUCGGUAGUUACAAUGGAAUGGGACAAGAUAUGGUCGUUCAAUAAAAAAGUCAUUGACCCUGUUGCCCCCAGAUAUACUGCCCUGGAAUCUACAUCGCUUGUUCCUGUUUUCAUCUCAACACCAGUGACCGUAGAGCAUGUGCAGGUUCCACUUCAUCCAAAGAAUCCUGAUGUUGGCACCAAGACUAUUUGGCGCAGUGCAAAGCUGUUGAUAGAGCAGGUAGAUGCUCGCGAAAUGAAAUCCGGUGAUACUGUUACAUUUGUCAAUUGGGGCAACAUCAAGAUUGUGUCUGUCGAAAAGAACCAAAACAGAGUAGCUCAAAUCCACGCGGUUUUGGAUCUCGCCAAUCAGGACUUCAAGAAAACAAUGAAAGUGACAUGGAUUGCUGAAGCUGAAGAAGACAGUGCAGGAACGAUACCAGUAAUGACUGUUGAUUACGAUCAUAUCAUCAGUAAGGCUAUUAUCGCUAAAGAGGACGACUGGAAGAAUUACAUCAACUACAAUUCUGUGCAUUACACGAAAAUGAUGGGCGAACCAGCCCUACUGGACGUGAAGAAAGGCGAUAUAAUCCAGCUGCAACGCAAAGGCUUCUACAUUUGUGAUCAUGUGUAUCAAAAGAAGAGCGAAUUUAGUGGUGUCGAAACACCUCUCCUGCUCAUAUACAUUCCUGAUGGACAUGUAAAAGAAACCGUCAAUAAGGCUCAGCAGAGUGCCGAUGUCCAACCCAGUGUUCCCACACCACAAACUGGUUCACUCGAUGCUCUUGCUUUGUACAAGCAAAUUGAAGCCCAGGGAAACACCGUGCGCACUUUAAAAGGAGAAGAUCCGAAGUCGGAUGCGACGAAGCAAGCAGUGCAAAAACUCCUCGAGUUGAAGAAACAGUAUAAAGAUGUUUGCGGGCAGGAGUACAAACCAGGGCAGCCACCAGCGGAAUCUGCAGCCAAGAAUGCAACAAAUACCGCGGAAUCUGCAGCCAAGAAUGCAACAAAUACCGCGGAAUCAGCAUCAACACUUUUUGCUGCAAUUGAGUCACAAGGAGAGCUCGUCCGCAACGAAAAAGCUAAGGAUGCGAAAUCUGAGGCUACAAAGGCUGCAAUAGCAAAACUACUGGAUUUGAAAAAACAGUAUAAGGAGAAAACUGGACAGGAUUACAAGCCUGGGCAAUCCCCGGCAACUCCCACCGCUACAGCUACUGCCGCUGCCCCUGCUGAUGUGUCCGCUCUUUACUCUGAAAUAGAAGCGCAGGGUGAAAUUGUUAGACAGGAGAAGGCUAAGGAUGCGAAAUCGGAGGCUGCGAAAGCUGCUAUCGCUAAGUUACUUGAACUAAAGAAACAGUACAAGGAAAAAUCUGGUCACGAUUAUAAACCAGGACAACGUCCAGCAGCCAGUACAUCGAUCCCUUCAUCCGACACAGCUACCGAUGAAAGUACUCUUUACAAUGAAAUUCAGGCUCAAGGAGAACUUGUACGAAAAGAAAAAGCUAAGGAUGCUAAAUCGGAAGCUUCAAAAGCUGCUAUAGCUAAAUUACUUGAGCUGAAAAAGCAAUAUAAAGAAAAAACGGGAAAGGAGUACAAACCUAAGUAA